AUGGCAAUGCAGCGACUCCGUAGUACCGAACGGCGUUUAGCAAAGCAACCAGAUGUAGCAGCAUCAUACGACAAAAUCAUUCAACAGUAUGUGGAAAAAGGGUACGUUCGACUAGUCUUACCAGGCGAGCCCCCUCCACCAUCCAAAUGGCUGCUACCACACUUCCCAGUACUCAGACCGGACAAGAGUACUACCAAGGUGCGUAUCGUGUUUGAUGCAUCUGCUCGCCUUAAUGGAGUCUCGCUGAAUGAUACGAUACAUCAGGGUCCUAAGCUGCAACAGGAUCUAGCGAAAGUACUACUUCGCUUCCGCAAGAAUCCGAUCGCAGUGGCCUGUCAUAUCAGUGAGAUGUAUCUCCAAAUUCAUCUUGCUGAAGAGGAUCGUCCGUACCACCGAUUUCUGUGGCGCAGUGACCCAGGGCGGGACAAUGAACCAGACGAGUAUGAAUUCACCAGAGUCGUGUUCGGUGUCAAUUGCUCACCAUUCCUCGCACAGCUGGUCACCCAGGAGCACGCUAAGGCAAACAGUAGCAAAUGGCCGCAAGCAGCUGAGACCGUCCUUCAGUCGACAUACAUGGAUGACAGUCUGGAUUCAGCACCAUCAGUUGCAGAUGCAAUCAGCCUCUAUCGACAACUUUCAGAUCUGUGGAGUGACACUGGAAUGGUUGCUCGCAAGUGGAUCUCCAAUUCAAAGGAAGUACUAGAGCAGAUACCAGCAACAGACCGAGCACUGCAAGUCGACCUCAGUAAAAGUGAUUUGCCCUCAGUGAAGACGCUAGGAGUGCAAUACGAUGCAACUAGUGACGCCUUCUCGUUCAAGCUCUCACCGCUACCGGAAACAUUUCAGUACACAAAGCGGAAUGUGCUGAAACGAGUGGCGACAAUAUUCGAUCCCUUGGGUCUUCUGGCUCCUCUGACAAUCCGAGCCAAGAUGUUGCUGCAAGAUAUGUGGGCAGACGGUGUCGCUUGGGAUGAUCCAUUGGACCCACAGCUGUGCCAAGCUGUCCGGCAGUGGUUUGAAGAACUCCCACUGCUUGCAUCAGUCGCCAUUCCGCGGUGUCUCCAGCCACCGGAUCAGCCAGUAGCUUCAAACGUCCAAUGCCACAUCUUCGCUGACGCUUCAGAAAAGGCGCAUGGAGCAGUUGCCUACUACCGAGUGCAGGGCAGUACAGAUGAAGUAACAUCACGAUUGAUUGCAGCGAAAUCGAGAAUAGCCCCUCUGUCAACAACUAGCAUCCCGCGCCUGGAGUUACAAGCAGCAGUGAUUGCGACACAGCUGGCUAGGCAGAUCGCCAACGCGUUGGCACUACCGAAGUCAGCCCUGGUGUUCUGGACGGAUAGCAUGAACGUCCUGUAUUGGAUCCGUGGCCAAAGCAAGAGGUAUAAAACGUUCGUGGCCAACCGAGUCAGCGAAAUACAAGGGUUCUCGGAACCAGCGCAAUGGCAUCAUGUACCAACCGAGCAAAACCCAGCCGACAAGAUAUCACGAGGGUGUUCAGUGCAACAAGUAGAUGACAGCAUGUGGUGGAAUGGUCCAUCAUAUCUACUACAGGAUGCUACAACUUGGCCACAGCGGGUGGAGACCAAGGUCAAUGUCGAGACGAUGCGCAAGGAAGAGAAGAAAGAACAACAGCAGACCAACGCAAUUACAAGCCUGUUUCAGACAGCGGCCGACAAUGACAAGACGACAGGUCCUAGCAACCAGCAACAGCAGCAAUGGCGGCUUGACCCCGAGCGCUUCGGAUCAUGGAGCCGACUACUCCGCGCAAGGGCGUUAGUGAGACGCUUCGUGACCAAUUGUCGUACAAUCAAGUCCGACAGAAUGACAGGUCCGCUCUCAUCAGCAGAGAUCAGUGAUGCAGAGACCGAGGUUUUGAAGAUGGCCCAACAUGAUGCCUUCUCGGACGAGAUCAAGGUGCUCGGCCAGAGAAAAGUGGUGUCGGCAAGAAGCGAAUUAAGCCCCAUGAACCCAAUGAUCGACGACAACGGUGUACUGCGCUGUCAAGGAAGACUGGCAUAUGCAGAGUACCUGCCAGAGGAUACAGUGCACCCAGCUCAUCAUUCAGCACUAUCAUGA